AGGAGAUCUACAGGUACCCUUCAGAAAGAGAUAGCCGAGGGAAUAACAAAAAACGUUGUGGGAAUAAGAAAGUUGCAGACAAAUUAGAGGGUUAGAUAAGGAAGCAAUCCAGGACACAAGUAAAAAACGUUUAAAUCCUUACAAUGGCAGAGCAGUGGGGAGAAGCUAUGUUUGCAGCCAGGCGACGAGGUGAUGAAACUACACGGGAAGCAGCCUUCACAUUCACAAACAGCAAUAAUACCAAAGAUCCAUUUGAAGGACCCAACUACCACAUUGCCCCACGAUGGGUGUACAAUGUUUCCACAAUGUGGAUGCUUUUUGUGGUUGUUGCCUCAACCUUCACUAAUGGCCUGGUACUGGUAGCCACAGUCAAAUUCAAGAAGCUUCGUCACCCUCUGAACUGGAUUUUGGUCAAUCUUGCAGUAGCUGAUCUUUUAGAGACACUGCUUGCCAGCACAGUUAGUGUCUGUAAUCAAAUGUUUGGCUACUUUAUCCUUGGACAUCCACUUUGCGUAUUUGAGGGUUUCACUGUUGCUUGCUGUGGUAUUGCUGGUUUGUGGUCUUUGACUGUCAUAUCAUUUGAGAGAUGGGUGGUGGUGUGCAAACCUUUCGGAAAUGUAAAAUUUGAUGCUAAAUGGGCCGCUGGUGGCAUUAUCUUUACUUGGGUCUGGUCUGCAUUUUGGACUUCACUUCCUAUGUUUGGAUGGAGCAGAUAUUGGCCUCAUGGCCUAAAGACCUCUUGUGGACCAGAUGUAUUCAGUGGAAGUGAAGAUCCUGGAGUCCAGUCUUACAUGAUUGCACUUAUGAUCACCUGCUGCAUUAUACCUUUAGGCAUUAUCAUUCUCUGCUACUUUGCUGUGUUGAUGGCCAUUCGUGCGGUUGCCGCACAACAGAAGGAAUCUGAAUCAACACAAAAGGCUGAAAAAGAAGUCAGCAGAAUGAUUGUUGUCAUGAUUGCUGCUUAUUGUUUUUGCUGGGGGCCAUACACUUUCUUUGCCUGCUUCGCCGCUGCUAACCCAGGUUAUGCCUUUCACCCACUUGCAGCAGCCAUGCCUGCUUACUUUGCAAAAAGCGCCACCAUCUACAACCCCAUUAUCUAUGUUUUUAUGAACCGACAGUUCCGUUCAUGCAUCCUGCAACUCUUUGGGAAAAAGGUUGAUGAUGGCUCUGAAGUGUCGUCUACCUCGAAAACAGAAGUCUCCUCUGUGGCACCUGCAUAAAAACUAUAAAAAUCUACUUUGUGAAAAUGAAAUGAAAAAGAUUUUAGCACACUGAACAUUUCGAUUUCUUCACUUUUUGUUACCCUUAAGUCUGAAAUAUCCAAGAUUACAGAAUCAAACUGCAAACUGUGUCAGAUUUAUGUAUUUUGUAAUUUGUAUUUUUGCAACCAGAUUUUUGGGUAGUUCAGUGGAAAAACUGAACUUCACCGAAUUUUUACACGAUAAUAUUGUGGAUGAACUGUUCCCCAUAAUUAUUUGUUUAUACAAACAUACUUUUAAAACAAUGAUACUCAGUAUAAAUAUGUAUUGUUAAUGGAUUUCUGUGAUUGCUGUCAAGUUUUAUAAUUUAUGUAGGAUUGCAAAUUAUCGAAAACAAAACAAAAAAAUAGAGAAUAUACAAUUUUUAUGUAAACAUGUUUUAUGUCUCAAGUAAAUAUGCAGCAGAUGACUAUA